ACUUUGUGAUCCCUAGUAGAUACCCGUAUUCAGGGGCAGGGGAUUUGUAUUACACAAAAAUAACGAAAAUACCAUAACGCAAAAUUAGCAAAAUAAUUUAAUUUACCUGUUUGGACGACCUUUUGUAGAUUUGGGUAAACAAAACAUUUUUGUGCAAUUGCUGGUGGAAAAGUCAACAUAAAAAGUGUUCGGGUUAACGUAUGGGGAAGGAUUAAAAAAUGUCGUAUACUCUAUUGCGAUGGAUAGCUCGUAGCACAGGAACUACCAAUAAUAAGACUUCUUCGGGCUUAUGCCUUCUUGUAGUCCAUUCUUGUAAAAAUAUUUGCUGCGCACAGUACUCCCGACGCAGCGAUUCAAAGAACCUUGAUUCAGCUUUCAAGGUUGUUAAAUCAAAAGUACGUGUGGAAGAUUUUCUCGGAGGAGAAUGUGGCCCCAAUUGGGAGUUGUUGGCACCUCGAGGAAACCGUUUCUAUUUCCCUAAUGCCGUGGGACCAGCUUGGCAAGGAGCCUCAAGUACAAUUUCUUUGGACGCGCCGUUAGAGUCGCUGGUCGAUUUCGAAGGAAAGUGUGCAGAGGAAAUGUCAAUGCUGGAGUUUACGGUCAACGAGUGCCCAUCAUUGAUCAAAAAGUCACUACAUGAGCUAUUUCCUGCCCCUGAGGUUGCUUCUAGUGAAAAAUUAGCUUUAUUAACUCUAACAUUUACCGGCGAUUCCGAACAAGGAGCGAGCAAGUUUGUUUUGGCUGCACGGGAAAUUACAUCCCGCCUUCGGUUGCAUGGUUAUUGGGCGGACUUUAUGAAUCCCUUCAGUGGCAAGCCGUUUUACUCGUGGGCUAGUGGAAAGAAUUUGUACAAAGUAGACAAGCGUUUUCGCGGCCUAAAUAUGAAAUUGGAUAAACAUAAUGACUGUGUUGUCAUUACAUCUGAAGAUAAUGCAGAGCAGAUAUUUUCCGGUUCUAUUUAUACCAAUGCUCCCUCGGACUAUUUAGAACUGAAGACGCUACUCGACAAUCAAGUUUAGUAGCAAAUGUACCAUAUAUCUUUGUUUUGAAGAAAAUUAUUUUUGAAAUAUUUUCUUUUAGUUGAUUUUUGUUGAUAUUGUUUUAGACGAAUUCUAAAUCAGAAUAAAUUAUUGAUUGAUACCAAA